GCGAGGGGCAACCAGGCUGGGAGGGGGCCCCGGUGGCACCCCCAGCCCCAGAGGAGCCACCAAGUCUGGUGCUGAGCACGCCAAGCAGCAUCCUGCAGGAAAGGGAGAUUGAGGAGGUAAGGUGCCCUCGCAUGCCAGGAACUGGUCCACGCAAGGCUGGGUGGGUGACAACUCCUCUAUCCCCAGGGAUCAGAGGCUGGCACUGCCAGAGAAGGGGUGCCAAGCACUGGGGGCCCCAUGUGGGUUCCCAGUGCAGUACCUCCGUUACCAGCCCCCCUGCAUGGUUUCCUGUGGAGGGCAAGGGGAGGGGCACAGAUGAGUGGGCAGCUCCCCAAGGACCCAGUGAGGGGUGCCUUUGGGUGACAGUCCUGGAGGUGUAAGGCCCCACACCCCACCAGAGGGUCAAGGUGUGGCUCAUCCUGAGACAGCUGCCUGGUCUGCUCCUGCCUGAGUGGUUCUCUGGCCUCCUGCAGGGGGACUCAGGGUGGGGAUGCUUGGGGAGACCUCGGGAGGAUGCCAGGGGGCUGGGAGGAUACUCAGAAGGACCUCUAGGGAAAAAAUGCUCUGGGAGUUGUCUGAGGAUGAUGUCUGGUGUUGGGAGAACACUUGGGAACACCUCUUGGGCACGUGAGUAUGGGUGAAGAUGCUACAGGGGAAGACUGCUUUGUGGGGGGAGGAUGCUGGGAGAGAGGAUGGUGGGGUUCAUCCCGGCUGGGUAGGAGGUGUCUGGGAGCACUUGCAGCCCUGCUCUCCUGCUGCAGGUGGGCAGGGAGGGGUGGGGAGCAGGGCUGGGGGUACAAACAGGGGCUGCUGCCCACGCCAGGAUUCCCUGCAAGUAGCUGGGAGGGGGCCAGGCUGUGGUGAGGAGCAGCCUGCUAGACCCUCUGAGCCCGCUCUGCCCCAGCUGGGGCCCCACCUGCCCACCCGCCUGCGGCAGCAGCCCUGGAACCUGCUGUACUGCACUGCGCGGGAUGGCUUCAGCCUGAGGACCCUGUACCGGUGCACUGGCCAGCUGAGCUCCCCAGCACUGCUGCUCAUCCGUGACACUGAGGCGCAGGCCUUUGGUGCCUUCUGCACCAGCCCCAUUCACGUGAGCAAUGGCUUUUACGGCACAGGAGAGACAUUUCUCUUCUCCUUCUCCCCGGAGCUGAAGGUGUUCAGGUGGACCGGCAGAAACAGCUUCUUCCUGAAGGGAGAUGUGGACCUGCUGAUGAUCGGUGGGGGCAGUGGCAAGUUUGGGCUGUGGCUGGAUGGGGACCUGCACCGUGGGGGAAGCUGUCCCUGUGAGACCUUCAACAACGAGAGCCUCUCGCCAAGGGGGGAGUUCUGUGUCCAGGACCUGGAGGUGUGGGGCCUCGCCUGACGGGCACUGGUACCACAGGAUGCACCUAAAGCUACGGGUUGCGGGGCCAAUCCCCACUGUGCCCCGUCCUGCAGGCGCUGGGAAGGGCAGUGUGGACAGGCCCCUGGGGGAUGCUGGACCUGCAGCAGCACUGCCGCGCCAUGGUGCCCACAGUGCCUGCAGGCCCAGCCCUGCCCGCAGCACCUGAGAACACAGACCAGCAGAGGUGGGGCACAGGCCCCGCAGAAGGGCACGAGGCAGGAGCCAUGCAAGUCCCGGGGGGAGCAGUGAGCCAUGAUUGCUCCCAGCAGCACCUGGGACAGCCCUGUCCCAUCAGCUGUUGCCCUCGGGACAGUGGGAGUAGGGCUCGUGGGUGAGAGGCUGCUGGCCACCAAUAAACGGGAAGAGCUGUGCUCCGAGCCUUGUCCUUAUCGUGGAAAUAACUAAUAGUUCCAUGAAGCUAUAUACAGAAAGCAGUGUGGGCCCCUAACCAGGGGCCCAGACCCAGACCCCCAGCCCAGUGCUGCAGAGCAAAGCUAGUUGGGAUGGCCCCUUGUGCCACAUCCAAGCACAGGGCCAUCCUCCCUGAGUGCUCAGGCAGCAUGCACAGCCCUUCCCCUCCACACAAAUCCUUCCUGCUUUGGCUCCUCACACCUUCUUUAUGACACCUGACAUUCCUUUUGCUUUUCUGGGGGGAAGGUUGUGGCUGGGCACGGGGCUGGAGCUCCCACUAUUGCCAUGCUUUCACACGGCAUCACCUUCUGAUAAAACCUGUAAUUCAGUGGAGUUUGGAUCCCACCCAUCACCCCAACGGCAUUGCUUUACUUAUACUCCCCUUACCCUGUACGCACCUGCACUGAACUUCACCAGACACUUCAGUCUCCCAUGGCUGAAGAUACACGUGAUGAGUUCUGAAUCCCCAUGAAAUAAAACACAGCCCAUUGCUUAAA